AUGUCUGAUACAACAAAAAUAUUAAAAGAUAUCCAAAUCUCGUUGGCUAUCUUGCCUGAAAUCAAAACUCUUCUAGAAAAACUCACGGAUGCUGUAAAGGCAUUGCAACUUGUUCACGGACAUGAUACGAUUGAUAUACAAGCUGCGGCACAAAUGGUUAAUGGAUUAUCUGACUCGCUUGUAUCGCAAAACGUCUCUCCUAUCGUAGAUUCCAUCGAAUCGGAAGGUGAUAUAAAUGAAAUGAGUAAUCAUCCAUUAGAAAACGAAAAUGAGAAUGAUCAAAACGAGUUCAAAGAAGAAAAUUUAUCAAAUUCAACAGAAUUAAUUGAUAAACCCAAGACAAAAUUGAGUUUAAAUGAAAGAAAAAAAUUAAGAAAAAUGAAAAAAAAGCGAUCUUAUACAAAAUUAAGCCCUGAAGGUUCUUCAUCCAACUGUGAGUUGGACUUAAAAUCUACACCGGAAAUCCAAUCGCCUCGACCAUCCACCAAAGAGGUUACAUUGUCACGUGCACCAGCUCGUCCUCCCCCGCGAUUUCAAUCGAAUCGAACGGAUACUGCGGUUCCUCUUAGAAAUGACAGCAGGGAUCGUCGUCAAUCGACUGGCUAUCAACGCGAGAUGUUGAAAGAUAAUUGGCAACAAUUAACUUCUACAUUUGAAGAAAUGAAAUUGAAAUCAGAGAUUUUGUGGGGAAUCCAUGCAUUAGGUAGCUACGAUCAACCGACAUCCAUUCAGCAACGUGCGAUCAUGGCAAUAUUAUCUCGUCGAGAUGCUGUAAUCCAAAUUCCUCGAUUGGAAGAAAGAACCGUAACUUACAUCGCUGCCCUACUUCAACAAAUUGAAACAAGUGACAAGUCAUGUCAAGCAAUUAUAAUUGUUCAUUCAAAAGAUUUGUGCUAUGCGAUUCAAGAUUUAAUCGAUGUCAUAGGUCAAUUCAUGCGAUUUUCAUGUUUGGUUUGUAUUGGUGGUAUUCCGGUUAGACAGGACAUAGAAAAGUUGAGAAAUGAAGGACACCAAAUCAUAGUCGGAACUCCGGGUAGAUUGAUUGGACUAAUGUCGGAUCGUAGAUUCGAUUUUCAACGUAUUAAAACGAUUAUUGUUGAAGACUCUUGUAUCAUGUUUAACAGCAACUUUCGUUCACAAGCUUUCGACAUCAUUUAUAAAAUACCAAAAAGUGCUCAAAGGGUUCUGAUGACGACAGCGACAACGUUUACCCUUGCUGAUAUUAAAAAUAAGAUAACUAAUAACACCAUAAUCGUUCUUGAUGACGUGAAAAUGAGUGAUGAGUUGCGAUUAUAUUACACGGUUGUUGAAAAAGAUGAUCAGAAGCUCAAUGCGCUAUGCGAAAUUUACAAGGAUGUAGAUAUUCAAAAAUCCGUAAUCUUUUGUGAUAAUUCAGAACGAGUUGAUUGGUUGUCUGACAAGCUGACAACGUUAUUUGAAAACAUGACCGUCUAUUCCAUGCAUUCCUCUACAAAACAAUCAGAUAGACAUGAAAUUGUCAAAUCUUUCUGGAAAGCAAAAGCAGCUGUAAUUGUAACUACAGAUUGCUUCUCAUCCGUCUUAGCAUUCCAUCCUGUAGAUUAUAGCGUACAUUUCGAUUUACCAUAUAAAAAGGAAGAGUACCAUGAUCGACUUUGCUGUUGCGGUGCUUACGGUCCUCCGGGUGUGGUUAUCAACAUUCUUAUUAAGGAACAAUUAUACGACCUUGGAGUUCUUGAGCGAUAUUAUCGAUUAAAGAGCCAAGAAUUGCCGAUUAGGGUAAAUUUAAUGAUGUCAAACAAGAAUAUAAGUGAUGUUCGUGAAAUUUUAGGUGUCGAAACUAGUUCAGUACUUGAUAAAGUAAAUUCUGAUAAAAAACUUAACACACCAGUCAGUCGGGAAUUAUCAGCGUUAGUUGGACAUCACGUUUCAGUUGCUUUUGAACGAGCAACUGCUUUAAAAGCAAAACCAAAUCUACAUAAGGCGGUAGGCAAAUGGACAUGGAACAAGUAUCUAAACCCUGCUAGAAAUGAUGAUCUGAUGCUUAGUCAUUGGACAAAAGAGAAUACGGAAGAAGAAACAAUUAGUUUUGCAGACUUUAAUAAAAAAGUUGAAAUCGAAGAGUAUACAGACGAAGAAUAUGAAAAGUAUUUGAAAGGUACAGAUCGAGAUUGGAGUAGAGAAGAAACUGACUAUUUAUUUGAUUUAUGUCGAAAGUAUGAUAUCAGAUGGACUGUAAUCCAUGAUCGUUACUAUUGGAAAGACAAGAACAGGUCGAUGGAGGACUUGAGAGAUCGAUAUUAUUCUGUCAUUAAAAAAAUUUUACAAGUACGACCAAUAACGCCUGGUAGUCAAACUGACAAGGGUCAACAGAUUGCAUUAAAUAGUUAUGAUAAAGUUAAAGAGGAAAAAAGGAAAAAUAUGUUGCUUCUUUUAUACUCACGGACAAAAGAACAAAUUGAAGAAGAAGAAGCAUUACAAGAAAUAAGUGAUCGUAUUCAGGCAAAUGAAAAGAAAUUCAUUAGAGAAAGGGAGGCCUUAAUGAAACAAUUUACAGUAGAAGUACUUCAACCAAAGCGAAAGAAAUCACUACUUAGCGGACCUACAACUCCUACAGUAGAGGCGAGUGGUUCAGGUUUUCAUAAUACCUCUGAUUUACCCAAAAAAAAUCGUCGUACAUCGGCAUCAUCUGUUGGUUCGAUUGCGAUCGAAGCUCAUUCACCAAAAGAAAUUCAUACCCCAAUUGUACUAAAGAAGGAAAAACUCACUCCGGGUGUUUUGGUACGAAGUCAAAAGAUUCCUAUACCAAAACAAGCCUUAUUACACAAAGUUCACAAGGCUUUACAGGAAUUUGGUUUGGGACCACGCCCGACCAUGCCAACAGAAACCGUUUGUGCAAAAUUUACCGAAUUACAGAAAAUGACACAAAACCUAUUAGAUCUCAAGAAGCUGGUUGAUAAGCAAGAGCAUGAAUUAAAACUCAAACGGGCGACGCUUCAAAAGGUUUUAUUGGCUUCAGGGGGGGAAAAGGCAGGAAAUAAUGUUCAGGAUGGAGUUUCGACUGACGGAUACAAUGACGCGAGUACCAUUCCAACAAAGAGAGAUAGAGGAUCACUUCCUGCUACACCUCGAGAUAUUAAACGAGCGCGAAAGUGA